AUGAGUGAACAAAUUAAGGAUAUAGGUGAUGUGGUCCAUGAUUUCAGCAAUCUACCUGAUUGUAUCCUUCAUCAUAUUAUGUCGUUUAUGUCCACUAAAGAAGCUGUAAAAUCAUCCAUAUUAUCUACAAGAUGGAAGAACCACUGGCCUUCACUUACCAACAUUUAUUUUGAUGAUGAUUUGUUGUGUGAUACUGAUAGAAAGGUUGAUGUGACUUCCUUUGUGAACUUUGUAGAAAGAGUCCUCCGGUUACGGGAUGCAUUAAGUAUGAAGAAGUUCCGUAUAUCAUUUCGUGUUUUCCGUAAUGCAUCUCAAAUACGUUCAUGGAUUUCCCAUGCAAUCAUGCAAAAUGUUCAGGAGAUUGAUUUGUCUUUUGUUACAAUUCAUCCAUCUGUGAUUCCUCGUUCUAUGUUUGAUAGCACAUCAUUCGUCACCUUGAAAAUAAGAAUGAUUGGUAUUAUUCAACUCCCAUCUAAUGUUUCUUUUCCAUGUUUGAAAACCUUGCACCUAUCCUUUGUUCGGUUCCCGAAUGAUGAUUGUACUGAAAAGCUUUUCUUAGGCUGUCCAGUUCUUGAAGAAUUGGAAUUAUUUCAAUGCAAAUUGAAUUACUUGAAGAACAUUGUAAUCUCCAGUUCCACCUUAAAGAGCUUGACCAUAUGUGACCCAUCGAAAUCCAGUGAUCUUGGUGGUUGUAAGAUCAAGAUUGAUGCUGUAAAUCUUACAUAUUUUAAAUAUAACGGAUUUCUAUUUAACAAGAUUAUCUUGAAUAACACACCGUCUCUGGUCAAAUCAUUCUUUAACAUUCUGAAUCCCGAAAGGAGGAUAAACGAAGUAGCAUUUCAAGCUAUUGAUCUGUUCGAAGAACUACAAUGUGUCGUUUCUUUGAAGUUAUCUAAUCUCACUAUGGAGACUCUUUUAUAUGCAGAUAGUACUAAUUUUCCGGUGUUUUGGAAUUUGAGCACUUUAAUGCUGACGACGGAAAUCGAGAUGAAGCAUAUGGUUUUGCUUUCCUUUUGCCCAGUUCUACAAUCAAUUUGUUUCUCAGAGGGAUUCAUGCGCAACAUGCAACUUGGGGAGAACAAUUCAAUUUGGUCUUCAAUACCUACAUGCAUCUCGAAUUGCCUCAAGACAGUGACCUUGAAGAAGUUUCAUGGUUAUAAUUCAGAAAUAUAUUUCCUCAAAUGUGUUUUGGAGAAUGCGUGUGUUUUGGAGAAUGCGUGUGUUUUGGAGAGGGUUAAUAUUGUGUGGUCUGAGUCUUGUCUACAGGAUUUGAAUAGGAAAACAAAGGUCAGAAAGGAUUUGGGAAUGAUUGAAAAGAGGUCUACAGCCUGUGUCAUCAACUUCACAUGA